GGUAAUAGGCCAGGACUCUGGGAGGGGUGGGGCUCGCUGACCCCAGGUGGUGAUUGGCCAGGGUAUUCAGUCCUGGGGAGCAGGGAGGUGGGAGGAGAGGGUGUCCCUACAAAUCACAGGGGUUGGAGUGGGCCAGGCCGGCUUUGGGCGGUGGAGAGCUGAAGAAGUAACCCGCAGCAGAGGCGCCCCUGUGACCAGCAACCAUGACGGACCAGCAGGCGGAGGCCCGGUCCUACCUCAGCGAGGAGAUGAUCGCUGAGUUCAAGGCCGCCUUUGACAUGUUUGACGCUGAUGGUGGCGGGGACAUCAGCGUCAAGGAGUUGGGCACCGUGAUGAGGAUGCUGGGCCAGACCCCCACCAAAGAGGAGCUGGACGCCAUCAUUGAGGAAGUGGACGAGGAUGGCAGCGGCACCAUCGACUUCGAGGAGUUCUUGGUCAUGAUGGUGCGCCAGAUGAAAGAGGACGCCAAGGGCAAGAGCGAGGAGGAGCUGGCCGAGUGUUUCCGCAUCUUCGACAGGAACGCAGACGGCUACAUCGACGCCGAGGAGCUGGCUGAGAUUUUCAGGGCCUCUGGGGAGCACGUGACAGACGACGAGAUUGAGUCCCUGAUGAAGGAUGGUGACAAGAACAACGACGGUCGCAUUGACUUUGACGAGUUCCUGAAGAUGAUGGAGGGCGUGCAGUAAGCAGUGGCCACCGCCUGCACCCAGACCGCGCAGCCCUCGGGUGGGUGGCUGAGCCCCGCGCUGGGCCCCAGUCCCCACCAGGGAGGGAGCCGCGGCCCUUCAUGCUCUUUCUAAGGAAUAAAAGCAAACGUU